AUGCGAGACCUUUCGGACAAUCAAAGUGCCGAGCAACAUCAUGAAUGUAAUGAUGAAUCGCAAAAGAACAGACAUUCGGAACCAAAUGAAGACGAUAAUGAUGGUGUUUUGCAAGACUUUGCAGGAGUCCAGGUAGGUCAAGACUUGGACGAAGAACAUGAGGGAUUUCACGAGAGUAGCAGCGACGGAGAUGAGUCGGUUCGCGAGUUUACCGCUACUAUCAGUCCAUCUAACCAUACGAGCGGCCUUAGAAGUCAUCGUGACCUAAUACGUGAGGUUGUCGGACAAGAAAGAACACAUUCCGGUACUAACCUCAUUGAAGUCGUGCAAAGGUUGGUAGGGAAUAUUGAAGGGUCACCAUUUAGCAGACAACUGACGGAGUUCGAAAAUCUUAUUUCUAACCUUUCACAGCGUGACGACCCUUUUAUAGUAUUAGAAUCGUUGAAUGAGCUCUCAGAGAGGCUUCUCAUGAUGAAUGGUAUAACUGCUGAGCGUUUAAUACCUUCUAACAAAUUUGCACGAGCCUUGGUUGACAUUUUGAGGGAACCACUUUUCGAGGAUCAUCUAGAGUUGCAUCUAGUGACUUGUCGUUGCCUUUUCAACUUUUUGGAGGUCAACCAAGAUUUUAUUCAUGAUGCACUUACUAAUGGAGCAGUAGAAGUACUCAUCAUUCAGCUUCUCGACAUCAAGUAUAUCGAUCUCACGGAGCAGGCUCUCCAAGCAUUAGAAAUGAUUUCGAGAGAACGAAUCUCUCACAACUUGAUCUUUCAAAGUGCUGCUAAGUCUUUUAGAAUCGCUUCAACUCAUGGCAUCAACGUCACCGAAGAUUUCAGAGAUGCUUUUAGGCUUGAAUGCGGGUAG